AUGACACGCAUCCCGACAACGUUGCCGCCGCCAUACACGGUGAGCGCUGGAACUCUGAGAACGACUGCCGACCACUUCACCAGGACGUCCGAGAUCCUCGUUGGCGCGGGCUCCAAAUCCACUCGCUUCCUCCUGCAUACCUCCCUCCUCACGCAGCAAUCGCCCUACUUUCGCGCCGCUCUCACCGGUCCCUUCCUCGAAGCCACAGACCAAUCCAUCCGCUUGGACGAUAUCUCCGUCGAAAUCUUCGAACUCCUCGUCACAUGGCUCUACACAGGCACUAUCAAGCCUGUCCCCUUCAAAGAUGGAAAACCCGCCUACUAUACCAUGCUCCACCUGUACAUCCUCGCGGACCGCUUCUGCUUUGAAGGCCUGCGCAACCAUAUUGUGGACAUGAUGGCAGAUCUCGCGGACUCAACGAAUAGCGUGCUCACACCUUCCGACACGAGGAUCUUGUACAAUGAAAUUGAUGAGGGUGCGAAGGUUAGGCAGCUCGUGCUGGACUUGUUUGCGUUCAAGAAGACAGAUAAGCUGCUCGCGACGCAUACGGAUGCUUGGCAUGCGAAACGAUGCAGAGACAUCGGCUGA